UUCCCAUACCCUCCCUCCAGUGUCCUAGCCCCUACUCGACGCUGUUGGCAGAGUCAUAUUCUUCCUUUGCUUUCCUUGUUGUGUGCGGUGUGCUUUGCUUUGCCUUACCGUGCCUGGCCUUGCCUGGCCUUAGUCUCAGGGUCUCCCGCAUGGGUGUCUGCGCCUCGGCAGUAUAGGAUCGACCAGGCGUCUGUCUACCUACCUGCCUAUCGCUACGAUCCGAUUAUUUUCACUCACUCUGCGUCUGCCUUCCAUUAAGCUACCUCCAAGACACAGAUGAAGCCACCGUGAAUCUUUACAAAUGACUCGCCUGCGACUCUAUUACCGAAGAACUCCUUUUCUCCCAAACCCAUCGUCUACGGGUCUUCACUAUCGAAAAGUUUCACCAUGGACACCAUCUUCUCCGAGGGUGAAAAGAGGUUCGUCCUGGGCGAGAUAAUUAAAGUCAGCGGAAUAAAUGUGCACACGCUGGUGGAGUUUAUAAAAGCUCAUAAUGUCGAGCCUGACUGGUGCUCGAUGCAGCUUCCUGCUGGCCGCAAUAUGUACCAGUGCAUUGGGGCAGUUGAAAACUUGUUCCAAGUUAAGUUUCCUCCGCCAAAUAUAGCAAAUAUAGGAAGCUUCGGCAAGCGCAAGUCCGACAGCAACCUGAUCGAUCACCCUACGAAGAGACAAGCCAUCACGGCACCUCCUUACGAGCCCACUUAUGCCCCAGCACGAACACUUCAGCCACGGCCACCGGCCCCUAACGGGUAUCCUUUGGCGAUGCCUAUCACGAGCACGCCAGCUGUACCUACGACAGGUAAAAAGCGUGGACGGCCGUCCAAAGCCGACAAGGAAGCUCAAGCGCAAGCUCGUGCGGCCUAUCCGCGCCCUACCGAAUAUACGCCUAUCACUCCUGCUCCCCCGGCUCCUCCCCCGGCGCCACCACAGCGCGAAUAUACGUCUCCACCUGGAUACGAAAUAGCAACUCCUGGCGCCGACCAGUCCUCCAAAAAACGCUCUAGGCCAACUGUAGUCGACAGUCCCCGGCAAACUAGCGGUGCCUUGCCUUUAGCUUCUCCUGCGUCCACUACCGGGACGCCACGAGCUCUACCAGAACCUAUAGAGCAGAUAGAAAGGACGAAUAUGUCUCCCCGCGACCAUAGCUCGGCUCCUAUAGACUCACGGUCACCGCCUCUCGCGCCCAUGAUACAACAGCAUCACGACCAAACGCAAACUCAUGUCCAGAUACUUCCGCGGCCGCAACCGCCUCUCGUUCCGAUUCAGCCGUCACCAAGGCCACCACAAGUUGGUGGGACAUAUAGGCCAGACCCCAUCUUUCCUGACCGAGACAGGAGCAGAAGCAUGCCUGAUCCAACGUCUAGAAAUGCGUCAGCGUCUCCAGUAGUCACUCGGACAUGAGACAAGAAACGCAACAAAGUAUCUGGUUUUGUGCUUUGAUAGCUGUCACUAUCUUGACCUCCAUGGGAAGAACUAAGAAUCUGGCUGCGAUUAGACCUAUGUUUUGUUCUGGAUCUAUUCCAUAUUCACUACGUAUCCGGACGUUGUUUCUACAACUAAG